AUGAAUAGCAAGGUAUCAAGCUCGGAAGACAGUGAUGACGAAUCUACUGGCGAAGACUCAGACGACGAAUCAGACGCUGCAUCUGAUGAUACAGUCGUAGUGAAAGGAGAACAAGUAAGUGGGUACGAGUCCGAGUCAGAUAAUUGGCAGGACGGUGAGGAGGCGGUUAUAUGGGAUACCGCUCUUGGAUCAUUAGCGCUAUGCGUCAAGUUUCAUCGCGACUUCCUGGGCCCACUUAGUCCUGUAUAUGCGUACGAAUUCUUGGAUCUAGCACGGCAUUCCGUAUCGUAUCAGGACCUCGAGGUUUCACAACGUGAUAUACUUUCCGCUUGCGAUUUCAGUCUCGGUAGCAUCACGCCACAAGGUCUUAUGGAUGAACUCUGGCUCGCUUUGCCUACGCUGCGGAAGGCUACAGAGCCUGUGAAAGAUGGUUGGAUUUCAGUUCAGGUUGAAAUAUGGGACAGGCUGUUCGGUGCCUUGAUAGAACCUGACUUCCUACAGUUUCCUGUUUCGCUGCUAACGGCCUCUGCCCUGCUUGAUGGUCUCAUCAUCGCCGUCGCUCACCAUUACAAAACUGAAGCAGAUAUGAAAACAUGGCGUUUCCAACGGAACUCUGGGUGUCGUUGCCCUGCGCCGUCAACUUGCACCCCAGAAAACACAACCAAGCAAGUUUCCUGGCAGGUGUAUGUAUCCAAGGCGAUGGAUGCGGUGAAGGAUGUCGUUCUGGAUGUCACGGAUGUUCUUCGAAUACGUGACGUGAGUACUGUUCAUGAUAUUCUGCCUAAUGGGGAGCCACCUAAUAUUUCUACCAGCACGAUUUGGAGCGCUGUAGAGCAUGGAUGA